ACGAGAGCGAGCGAGAGAGACAGAGAGUCAGGGGCGGAGCAGGGCCGGGCGCGGCUGGCUCGCUCUCGCUCGCCGGCGCUCACUCCGCGGACGACCUCCGUGCCGAGAGAGCCGACCGUGCUGCUGGCGCUGCCGCUGGCCCCCGCUGCUCCCGACGGCGGCUCGCGUGUUGUUCGUGUAGUGCCGGCGUGGAGUGGACCUGCGCAGUGCGAGUGCGCCCCCUCCUCCCCCCAGUGCGUGCCACCCACCACCCCCCGCCAGCCCGACCGGGCCGAGGAUCACGAUGUCGAUGGUGAUGAUGGUGACGGCGGCUGUGGCUCCCGACGAAGAACACGAGGUCGCCGUCAGUGCCAGUGCAGUGCUUUGUGUGUGAGUGCAGUGAGUGUUGAUUGUGAGUGGAGUGCCGCCGGGGAGUGCCCGGCCGUGCCGUGGAGGACGCCGUCAGACACCCAGAAGCGCGCGGCACCGGAGCCCCCAUGGGAGUGUAUGAGAACCAACCAGCACAACGCACCGGGAUGCAUUGGCCGCAGCCGGAGCGCCAGCAGCCGUGCGUGCAGCACGCGUACGACCCCUCGAGGGACUUGUCCCCGAACCUGCCCCACCACCACCACCCGCACGGCGGCACCGACACCGCCACCCGGCUGCCCUGCGACCGCCUGGACCCCUUCAACAACAACAAUAACAACAAUAACAGCAGCGGCCAUGACCGGCCCGCGAGUGCCAUGUCGGGGGGCAUGUCCACCCCGCUGAUAUGCGACGAGGACCACCAGGGCUGCCACCAGUGCAGCCACCACCAGGCGUCGACGGCGUCCUCGGUCGUGCCGCCGGCGUCGUCGUCGGCGUCAUCGUCGUCAUGCUCGUCGACGGCGUCGUCCGGGGCGCUGCUGAGGCCCAAGCAGGAGCGGCCGUGCAGCCCGGCGUCGUCGGACGUCGGCGGCGCGGGGUCCACGACGACGACGGAGCUGGAGGCGGCUGGCCCGUGCGCCGGCUGCGGGCAGCGCAUCUCGGACCGCUUCUACCUGCUGGCCGUCGACAGGCGGUGGCACGCCGCCUGCCUGCAGUGCUGCUCGUGCAGGCACGCGCUCGACGGCGAGGUGACGUGCUUCUCCAGGGACGGCAACAUCUACUGCAAGAAGGACUACUAUAGGUUGUUCGGCAUGAAGCGGUGCGCGCGCUGCCAGGCCGCCAUCUCGUCGUCGGAGCUGGUGAUGCGCGCCCGCGAGCUGGUGUUCCACGUGGCGUGCUUCACGUGCGCGCUGUGCCACGCGCCGCUGUCCAAGGGCGACCACUUCGGGCUGCGCGAAGGGGCGGUGCUGUGCCGCCUGCACUACGAGGCGCUGCCGCCCGCCUCGCCCACCCCGGGCUUCCCGCCGCCGCCCGGCCCCGGCGGCGAGGGCGGCUUCUCGCCCGUGCCGCCCCCGUCGGCGGCGUCCUUCCGGGCCGUGCCGCCCUCGCCGCAGGGCAUGUCGCCGAGCGGGGGCGGCGGCCUACCCCCCGGGGGCCUGUCCGGCGCGCUGCCCCCCGGCGCCGCCAUGAUGCCCCUCGGGCCGCACGGGCCGCUGCCGCCCCACCUGGCCAUGCCCCACCACGGCCCCGGCGUCGGCCCCGACCCCAAGCUGCCCUUCUUCAACGGCGGCGUGCCCCAGGUCGUGGCCCCCGGGCCCCGGCAGAAGGGCCGGCCGCGCAAGAGGAAGCCCAAGGAGAUGGAGGGCAUCACCGCCGCCAUGGGAGACAUGGGCGGCGACUCGUACCUGGACGGGCCCUUCGGACCGGGCACCCCCGGCAUGCACGGCAACUCGAGGUCCAAGCGGAUGCGCACCUCCUUCAAGCACCACCAGCUGCGGACCAUGAAGUCGUACUUCGCCAUCAACCACAACCCGGACGCCAAGGACCUCAAGCAGCUGUCGCAGAAGACCGGGCUGCCCAAGAGAGUACUGCAGGUGUGGUUCCAGAACGCCCGGGCCAAGUGGCGGCGGCUGAUGCUGAAGCAGGAGGGCAAGGGUGGCGACAAGUGCGGCGGCGACAGCCCCGGCGACAUGGACCACGGCUUUGCGGGCGGCAUGGGCGGCGCCCCCGGCGGGCCCCACAGCCCCCAGUUCAUCCUCGGGGGCUCGCCGCUGGAGUGCUAGCAGGGGGCGGCGUCGGACAUCCUGGAUACUCCAGAGUCCGACGCCCUCGGCUUCCACUCGUCGUCCGGCGGCGGCAUGGGCGGUUACUACCACCACCUCCAGCAGCAGCACCACCAGCGCCGCUACCACGACGACGACCUCCACUGCUACGACGCCGCCGACGCGUCCCUCGACGCUUCCUCGUCGGCGGCGUCCCUCGUCGGUGACGGUGACGACGACGAGUCGCGCCCGUACCUCUGCCUCGCCCAGCUCUAAGCGCUGACCGUCACCCCAAACACCUCGAAGUCUGCCGCAGCACGCCAAGACGACCUGUGUGUGUGUGUGUAUGUGUGUGUUGGAGCACGUGCUCCAAGGUGGUGACAGACAUGUUAGUCAGUGCAUUGUGAUAUCCGUUGGAGAAGCAGAGAAGUACCUGAACAUCGCCCUCGUUUGGAAGGGAUUAUCCCCCCCUCCCCUACCCUUUCUCAUCUCCGGUCGUGCCCCUACCCCUUCCCUCCCGCGCUCCAUAAAAGGAACGCGCCUCGAAAGGCGCUCUUCAACACAGACUUCUUUUUAUAAGUUCCUACCAAAUGACAUUACAUAAACUUAAUUAUUCUUGGCUUGUGAUCGUAAAUAUUGACUUGUUUAUUAUUUGAGCGAUGUACAAAGUGUAUACACAUAGAGCGGAGAAAAAGAUUAUUAUUAUUAUCAUCAUUAUUACAAUCAUUAUUAUUAUUAUAUAUUCUGCGCCUCGGGGACAUGUGUCACCUGUGUGAAAAGUGUAAAGCCUGAGCUGCUGACAAUGGGCUGUAAUGUAUGAAUGUUCUGUAGAAAAAAGUAACUGGUUUUCAUACUAUUAACUUAAUUGGCGAUUGUUUUUUUUAAAAAAUGUGACAUUCUCAGUGCAAUAGGACGCGUCCUGGUCCUGGUGUGUGUUUAAGAUCACCUCUUUCGGCGCGCUUCGCCGCUUCGGCGCGUCAAACGACUCAACUCUCAAAGACUGCGUGGUCACAGGGUGAGGCGAUCCGAGACAUCGUGCAGAGCAAAGUGGAAAAGAGGCGUUGUAAUUGUGAUCACCGUCACAUGUUUGCCUAAUUGGUGAAAAUGGCGGAAAAAUGCUCUUGUGGUGCCCGUUUUCUUCAAAAGAACCCUUUCGGUACUGCAGUGUGCUACGCUCUGCUUCGAAGAAUCCCUAUCGCUGAUUUAAAAGCCUGGCGAGAGAACCGGCGAAAAUUCACAGGUUGGCAGUGGCAGCGGUGUGUUGGCAAGCAUGUAGGGGAGAGGGAAAGGGAGGGGGGAAGCAGUCGUGGGAGACCCGGCCUCUUCCUUGAACAGCGUGUGGGGGCGCGGGCGGGCAGCAGAGAGAGAAAAGAGAGAGAGGGGAAGAGAGAGGGAUAUGCAACGGUGCGAAGCAAUGCAGGCAUGUAGUAAGAGCCUGCAGCAGGUCUGAGGGGGGUACAAAAGGGCUAUGUGGAGCGGCCGACCGGGUAUCUGCAAGGGUUGAGGGAACGACUUGAAAGUUAACCAGAACCGCAAAUUUUAUCUUCCUCUGACCCUCCCCCCCUCCCUCCAAAAGGCGCCACUGACAUUCUCUUUCUGAUCCUUUCCUCUCCUCCCGUCGAUCUGUAUUUGCGGCAGCAGCGUCGUGCUCCGCUUUCAGUCACGUCGGCUAAAAGCUUGUCGGAUUAAUUAAUGAUAAUUAUUCGCCGGGUCCGAGCGGGGGCCCCGAGCGGCACUUCUAGUGUUACUGUCCGGCCACUUUGUUGCGUUCCGCCAGCGAAAUUUAUAAUUCUAGGGCCACGAGCGGCCAGCAAGCGAGCCCAUUUGCAUCGAGCGGAGACUCGGCGGAAAAAUCCGCAGAGACAUGAUCCUUUUUUUUAUAUCUUUGCUCCAAAAUUUAUUGUGGCUCUGCCUGCUCGCCCUCCCACACAAAGACUGUUUUCGAGAGGUCAUUGGACUAAUGAAACCGCGACGCCUCAAAACGGCUCUGCCUUUGCAAAUGAAAAGAUUACAUUAAAAUUCGGCGAAUAUGCGUUGCCGGGCUACAGGCCUCCUUUCACUUUGCCCUGCACAACAAUAAUGCUUCAAAUGGGUUCAAAAGAGGAACGAAAUAGUUAAGUUAUUUUAUAGGAAUUGUAAAUUGUAAUUGUUGUACAAUGUCAAAUGAUAUACAUAUAUAUAUUAAUUUUAUUUUUAUCACGUUAUGUUCCUUGAAGUUGUUUUUUUUUCGGUACUUAUUAUUGGCAGUUGUGAUGUAUUACAAAACAUUUUUUUGUAAUUGUAUAUUGUCUGUCAAAAAAAAAACCAAUCACAUGAAUUGGAUUGCAAUUUUUUUCAUUAUUUUUUUUUGUUGCAAAACUGCAGUUUUGUCCGCAUGGGCAAAAAAUUAAAAGAAAAAAAAAAUUGGCACAAUAUUUA